CGAGCGGCGACGAGCGAGCGAGUCGAGAGCAGCGGGCCUCUGGCCCCGGAACCCGGCACGCCUCUGCGGUCUUCGCGCCGUGGCCUCGGCGGCACUUACAAGUGAAGAAGCAGCACCACCUUUUGUCUUGGAUAAUUUCUAGUGGAGAGGCUCCAACAAUUUAGCAGCAGCCUCCUGGGCCUCCAGCACCCUUACCACAUUCUACAUCCUCAGGGGACAGAGGGCCUUUGGGAACAGACCCCUAAAAGAGUAGGUGGGCCAGCCAUGAGAGGGUACCUUGUGGCCAUCUUCCUGAGUGCUGUCUUCCUCUAUUAUGUGCUGCAUUGUAUAUUGUGGGGAACAAAUGCCUAUGGGGUGCCACCUGUGGAAAUGAAGAAGAGAAAUAAGAUCCAGCCUUGUUUAUCAAAGCCAGCUUUUGCCUCUCUCCUGAGGUUUCAUCAGUUUCACCCUUUUCUGUGUGCAGCUGAUUUUAAAAAUACUGCUUCCUUCUAUGGUAGCGAUAAGUUUGAUUUGCCCUAUGGGAUAAGAACAUCAGCCGAAUAUUUUCGACUUGCUCUUUCAAAACUGCACAGUUGUGAUCUCUUUGAUGAGUUUGACAAUGUGCCAUGUAAAAAAUGUGUGGUGGUUGGUAAUGGAGGAGUUUUGAAGAAUAAGACGUUAGGAGGAAAAAUUGACUCCUAUGAUGUAAUAAUAAGAAUGAAUAAUGGUCCUAUUUUAGGACAUGAAGAGGAAGUUGGGAGAAGGACUACCUUCCGACUUUUUUAUCCAGAAUCUGUUUUUUCAGAUCCCAAUCACAAUGAUCCUAAUACUACGGUGAUUCUCACUGCUUUUAAGCCGCUUGAUUUAAAGUGGCUGUGGGAAUUGUUGACAGGUGGCAAAAUAAACACUAAUGGUUUUUGGAAGAAACCAGCAUUAAAUCUGAUCUAUAAACCUUAUCAGAUCAGAAUAUUAGAUCCUUUCAUUAUCAGAACAGCAGCUUAUGAACUGCUUCAUUUCCCGAAAGUGUUUCCCAAAAAUCAGAAACCCAAACACCCAACAACAGGAAUUAUUGCCAUUACGUUGGCAUUUCACAUAUGUCAUGAAGUUCACCUUGCUGGUUUUAAGUACAACUUUUCUGACCUCAAGAGUCCUUUGCACUACUUUGGGAAUGCCACCAUGUCUUUGAUGAAUAAGAAUGCAUAUCACAAUGUGACUGCAGAGCAGCUCUUUUUGAAGGACAUUAUAGAAAAAAACUUUGUAAUCGACUUGACUCAAGAUUGACCCUACAGACUCAGAAGAUGAUGCUAACAGUAUUAGUUUUAUUUUUACACAGCAAUUUUUAGUUUAUUUUUAAAUAUGUUGGAUGUACUUGUCAAGAAAUUAUGUAUAUUAAGUCUGUUGCUGCCUGGUGCUUCAUAACCACCAGCUUAAUUUCUGUGAAUAUAUUUAAUUUAUGGAAACCAAGACAUGCUAAGAUAUCAGGGAGAGUGAAUUUUUCAUUGCAUUGUUUUAAAAAUAAGCUAGUUUUCUGAGGUGUUUUUAAGUAUCUUUUUAUAGUUACUUCAUCUUAGACUUUUUAAGGGAUGUGACUUCCUAAUAAGUAAGGGGAUUUAGUUUUACCACAGCAGAUUUUGAAUGUGACAUGACAUUUGAGAGGUUUAUCUGCCUCCUGUAAAUUGGUGGGGAGCUG